AUGGCUAGCAGGCUUCACGUGGAAAUAUGUCGUUUGGAAACUUUUAGAUCAUGGAAACUGCCGUUUAUUCGACCAAAAGAGCUUGCCCGAUACGGGUUCUAUUAUACUGGAAUCGAGAACCGGGUGAAGUGUAACUUCUGCUGUUUAGAAAAUAAUGUCUGGGAACCGGGCGAUGAUAUACUCUUAUUGCAUCUGAACCGGUCACCGGAAUGUCCACUGUUUAUUAAGCGUGCCUCCAACAACGUUCCCAUCGACAUUGACUUCCAGGAUUACUAUCUCGAUGACUUACCGUUCGCGCGAAAAUAUGGUAUUGCUCGUACCAUCGAAUCUGCUCAUACCGUUGACGAUGAUUACUCUGCUGUGAUGGGUCAAUUGAGCAAUGUGGCGCUGGGUAAUACGACCAUAGUCCAAUCAUCAGCGUACCCCAGAUACGCUGCUGAAGCCGUUCGAUUUAGAUCGUUUCAGCAUUGGCCAACAUCGAUACAUCAGAAGCCACAGCAGCUAAGCGAUGCCGGUUUCUUUUACACCGGCUCCGCGGACCGUGUGGUAUGCUUUAGCUGCGGCGGAGGACUCGAGAACUGGCAAAAGGACGAUGAACCGUGGGAGCAGCAUGCGUUUUGGUACAACUUCUGCAAGUAUCUUACGCUAAAAAAAGGCCUUAUUUUUAUCGAGGAGUGUGAAAAGAAAGAAAAGAAAAUAGGAGGGACACCAUUCGCACUACUCAGUUUCACGCAGACUACAACCAGUGAACCCACUACCUCGAACUUUGCUGAUGAUGAAUCCACACCACCGCCAACACCGACGGCUCCGGUCGUAGAGGAAGUCAGCGACAGCCAGGAUGCUACAGCGAAUCAGAGCGUGGCUGAGAAUAAGAUUUGCAAGGUCUGCUACAUCAAUGAAUAUGAUACAGCAUUCUUACCGUGUGGCCAUUUGAUAACAUGUGCCGAGUGUGCCUCGCUGGCGGACAAGUGCACACUUUGUCAGCAACCAUUCACCAGUCUACAAAGAAUAUACCUUGGCUAA